AUGGAGGCCACUACAGAAGGUGUUCAGGACGCCCUGGUUGAAUUCAAGUCCACCUUGCAGGCUGCGGUGAAGGAGGUGCACGUGGACGUCAGUGCCUUCAAGCAGCGUAUAGAGCAGAGGAUAGACGAGCUGUGCGUGUCCAACGGGCCCCUGGCCGAGGCGGUGACCCGGCUGGAGGAGGAGAACCUGCAGCUCAGAGCCAGGCUGGAGGUUCUCAGCCGCCUGGUGGAGGGCAUCUCCGGACUAACAGUCGACAGGAGUCCUGAAGUGAAGGGGAAGAGCGAGGGGGGGAGCAGUUUAGAGAAUGGACAUGCACAAACACAAUCCAAGACCCGGGAAGACAAGACGGGUUUGCUCUCGUCUCGGAGGUCAGAGGACAGCCUGUCAAGUCUGUCUUCAUACUCUGAUCCAGCCGGGUCCAGUGGAGGAUCGGGCCAGGCUCCUGCUCCUGCUGCUACUGGUGCUGGUCCCAGAAACACCCCAGCACCUCCUCCUUGGAGAGCAAGGAGACAUGCUGACCUCAACGGCACUGAUGCAAAGGGAGAGAAGCAAGUCAGUGCAGCUCCAGAGGAGAACGGGAAACCAGAAAGCUCCUCAGUGGAUGUUGGUGAUGCAGCUGGAGGUGAUGGAGACGCUCCUCAGGCUCAUCGGCCUCUCGCCUCCGUCACCAAACCAAACCCUGAAGCUGCCGUCAUCACGAGUUCCCUUCAGACUGCAGCCGAGACACAGACAGGGACAGAACAGGAAGAAUCGGCUCUUCUGAACAAACCCUCCUUUCCUCUCACGUCCAUGACAAAAACCAGCUCCGAGGCUCCUUCUGCCUCCCAGUCUCCAGCCUCCGUGGUUCCAGUAAAACCAGUGGAGUCCGCUGCUAGAUGUGAUGCUGACGAGCCUCUGCCGCAUCUUCCCGUCACUGCCAUGAAAACCAAACCUGCUCCUGAGGCUCCGCUGAGCUCCAGAUCUGCUCCGGGUCCGGCAGCAGAGCCCAGAGCUGCAGAGGCUCCAACUCCCACUUCACCUGGAGCCAAGGAUCCGGGCUCUGGAAGAGAAUAUCCAUUUAGACGUGACGCUGGUGAACCCAAACCACACCUUCCUCUUCCUGCUGCAACCAAACCCAUCACAGAGUCUUCGUCACCAGCUUCACCAGCUCAGUCGUCUCCGGCUCUGUCAGCGUCCACGGACCCGACACUGAAACCCGGAGAAUAUCCCUUUAAACGUAUUCCAGUUCUGAAAACCCCCAGUCCCAGUCUGAAGAGGAGUGUGAGCUUUCCUCAGCCUGCAGAAAAAUUACUUCCUUCCAAAUCCAUCAUCAAAUCUGGUUUCUCACCUCAUUUGGACAAGAAGAAACCUGGAGGAGUGGAGUUCAAACAGGACCUGAUGAAGUCUCAGACACUCCCCCGCUCCAACGGGGCUCAGGCCAAACGAGCUCUCUUCGAAAGGAUGAACUCAGAACCGACCAAGCCGAAGGACUCGAAGCCCAAACUGAAACGCUCUCAGAGCUUCUCCAGCAGUGGAAUCAAACAGAUUCUCUUGGAGUGGUGCCGCUCGAAAACUAUCGGAUAUCAGAACAUCGACAUCCAGAACUUCUCGUCCAGCUGGAGCGACGGGAUGGCGUUCUGUGCCCUGGUUCACUCCUUCUUCCCUCUGGAGUUCGACUACAACGAACUGAACUCCGCCAACCGCAAACACAACUUGGGUCUGGCGUUCACCACUGCAGAGGUGCAGGCCGACUGUAUGCGCCUGAUCGAGGUGGAGGACAUGAUGGUGAUGGGAGAGAGGCCCGACCCCAUGUGUGUGUUCACAUACGUCCAGUCGCUCUACAGCCACCUGAAGCAGUUUGAAUAA